AUGAUAGAAAUAACAUCACUUUUUUGCUUAGGUGGAGAAAGAAUAGAAUUAAGUUUGGCGGACUUUGUUAUAAGGACGAAGCUUUAUUUACAGUCUGAUGUUCAUAUUGAAUCAUACAUUGAGUUUAUUGCUCAAUGUCUCAAUUCAGCUGAAGAGUUCAAGGAACAUCACUACUGGCCCAACAUUGCCAAUGGGGUCUACCAGUCAGGGACAACCCAAGAAAGUGAAAUUCGGUCUCCUCUUCAUCGCUUCUUGCACCGAUUGAUUACUAAUACCUUCAACCAAAGGCAAGAGGGGGACAAAUUCCUAUGUUUGGGUAUCUUUUAUUUGUGGAGCCUCAUUACUUCUAAUGAGCUUAUUGAUAUUCCUUGGCAUGUGGCUGACUUUUUAGCAAGCCGGGCAGGAAAGGUCGUUAGCGGUCACCUUUGUAUGGUGGAAUGUUGA